UCCUUCGUAAUUACACCUAUCUAAUUUAAUUCCCUUUUUCCACUCUCAUUUUUCUCUCCCAUAAUGGCCUCAGCUGAGCCCGAGUCUGCUAAGGAGGCGCCGCCCCCGCCUUCUACCGCUGCUCCUGGUGGAAUGAACUUGUUUCUAGUCGGAGUCGUGCUGAGAUUUGUUGUUUUCGCGGCGGCAGUGUCGAGUGUGGUGGUCAUGGUCACCAGUAAACAAACCGUCGUCAAUAAGCUCCGGGGUGUCCCGCCGGGCUUCCCCGUCGAAGCCAAGUUCGACGAUUCCCCUGCUUUCAGAUAUUUCGUAGCUGCAUUAUCGGUGGCAGCAUUUUACAGUCUCGUCACUGGCCUCUCCUCCCUUUUCGUCAUCGCUAAACCCAAUUGCCACACCAAGUCCCUGCUUCAUUACGCCAUUUGGGAUACGUUCAUCUUGGGGGUGGUAGCCUCAGCCACUGGAGCUGCAGGUGGAGUCGCAUACAUAGGGUUAAAAGGGAACACACAUGUUCGAUGGGACAAAGUGUGCUACGCCUUCGAUAAAUUCUGCCGCCACGUCGGUGCUUCUUUGGCGACCUCCCUUUUCGCCUCCGUUGUUAUGGUGUUGCUCAUUUGGAUAUCUAUUAUCUCUCUCCAUGCGCGGAUUCGCAAGUAGCAGCCUUCAUGUACACCCUCCUCUUUUUAGGCCUUUGUCACCGCUCGUGUGUUACUGCUUCAGGAUUUUACUUGUAAAUGUUUUGUUAAUUUUGUGGUUUCGUCGAUUUCUAAUUAGGUUUGUUCCCUAAAAAUUUAAGUUUUAAAUUUUUAAAUGAUUUGUUGCUCUAGAUUGUUUUGUAGGGGAUGUAUUUGUGCUGUUGAUAUUGAAGUAGGAUUUUUAUAUACUUUGUGUUUGUAUACGGUGGUGUUGUGGAUUUUUUUUGAGCUCUAGUUAUCGUUAAUUAAAUUCGUCUUUCAUUUACUAUAAUUUAAGCUUUUACGUUCCUAUA